AUGGUCCUGGUGACCAUCCCGAUGAUGGAGAGGCAAGGAACGCGCACGGUUCGCUUGAUUCUCGUGGAGAAACGCGAGUUUCCUCGAUUAUUAUCGUCGCCCGUCGGUGGAUCGCUCCGAGACCGGAAAUACGAGGCGAGUCCAACUUGCGUCUUGACGAAGUUGCCGACGGAAGAUGUCGCCUGCCGAUCAUCUCGGAACGUGAGUGACAAGCUGGAUCUUGGUAGCGUGCCGAUCGGCGAGGAGUUCCUGGAUACUUCAGAAAUUUUGCAACCACGGAGGACACUAACAACAUGUCUUACCUCGCUCUGGACUCCAACGCCUGGCAGUUGUGACCGGAGAACCCCGCGGUCGACCUUUGGAUAAUAAUUCGGCGGUAGAGCUCAGAAUGAC